AUGAAUCGCAUCGACCUCACCCUGGAUGACAUGGCCAACACCAAGUUCCUUACGUUAUAUAACAGCCUGAUCAAGAGCUUCACCGCCUCCACGGAAUUCUCUUCCAACGACGUGGUCAGCCUGCUGAUCGUGUUCUACAAAUACGCCCUCAACAACGGAUCCCGCAUGAUGUCCACCAACCAGCUCUACAACCUGUUCCUAGUCAGCUUUGGGAUCUUCGACACAACCAUCAUCGACCGCGUUCUGAUGAACAUCACGCAGGACGGUCGUUCCGUUUCUCCAGAAGCCUGGAUGCGACUGUUCUGCGUGUUCUUCACCGGAAAUCUGCAGGAGCGAAUGAAGUUUGCAUUUGAGGUUUAUACAAGUGCUGGUACAGUGGUUCUGAAUCGUGAGGUGGUCGGUUUGGCCAUUGAAAAAUUCUUCUACGGCGAUGACGAUGAUGAGGUCAAUGAGCUCCGAGCGGACAUGUGCGAGUUCUUAUUCGCCAAAUUCGACACGGACAAGGAUGGAAUUAUUGCCUUUGAAGAGUAUGCCGAGAUUGUCCAAAAUCAGCCUGGUCUGCUCGAGUUCUUAGGAAAAAUAUUUCCCGAUGACAAGGACAGAUCAUUGGUGGCAUACUGCCAUAACAUUGAGUCAAUGUUUCCGCCGGAAGAUGAAUAUUAAAGGAAAACGCUUUACUUUGUGG